CUGAAUUUGAAAGUGAAGUCUUUGCUUCCGGUCUGCUUCCGGUCAGCUUCACUAUUAGUUCAGAGCUGUUAAUUACCACGUUAACCAUAAUGAAGGGGUUUAUUAUUAUUAUUUUAUAUGCUGUGGGUUUAAUUAUUCUCAUCUCACGCGCUGAAGGAAACAGAGGAUAUUCCUAUGCAGAUUGCACGUACGUGAAACCAGGCUACGCCUCCACCUACUACGGGGGGCGGUGCUUCUGCUACACCAGUCCCUCGAUCAAAUGGAGAGACUACUGGUCCACUUUCCAGGUUGACGUGUCAAGCAGCGAGGACGUCGUGAUCGUGUACCCGAUGGAACCCAGAACCUGCCGUGGUGGUGAGAACCUUCUGAAGCAGGCGACAUGUCUGAUGGAGCACUACUGGCCCUUGGGUGUGCAGAAGGAGAAGACGUUGGACAUCCCGCUCGUCGAGGACGAGGUGUUCUUUAUGGCCAGGUCUCCCAGAGCCAGUGCUGAGUACACACUCCACGUCUCCAAACAAAGGUUCAACAGGAUGCGUUUUUUCCUCUUCCUCUCCGGACUCGCGCUCUUCUUCUUUGCCGGAGCCAUAUGCAGGAGCUCUGUAUUUUUCUACAUCUCUGGGAUUUCUCUGGGAAUACUCUCCAUUUUCGUGUUCCUGCUUCUGGUCCUGAGAAACUUCAUACCAACGCGAGGACUCUUCCUGCUGCUGUUUGGUGCCGGCUACUGGCUCUCGUACCUGGGCAUCCAGAAGCUGAUAAACGAGCGGGAUGAGAUCACGAGGUUGUACUGGAGAGAGCUGCUCGGUUACCUGCUGGUGUCGGGUGUUGUGAGUCUGGCGGUGUGUUACCGUCUCGGCCCCAUCACUAACCAGCGAGCGCUGAGCGUGAUGACGUGGGGGCUGCAGGCGGUGGGCGUGGUGGUGGCGUGUCACGGCGUUACGUACGCUCCUGUGUCCUGGAUCCUGCUGGCUGUGCUGCUGGGCUUUAAGAUCCUGCCCGUGCUGCUCUCCCUCGUCCUGGCCGUGUGGAGGUGA